CGCACAUACGCCCACACGCCAUGCCACGCCAUGCCACCCAAGGGCGAGGGAAGGGAGCUCCCUCCCUCCCGUCCGCAAGUGUUACUUUUUGCUUGCAACCACGGUUCAUCAUCGCACGCUGCCAACUGCCUGCUUGCUUGCUUCGCUGAGACGACAGACAGUGUGUCCCCCGCCAUCUUGUCACUGUCCAAUCCGUCUCGUUCGUCCUUUGUUUGCCUACCACCCACCCUAUCUACCUGUACCACGCACAACAGUACAGUACCUACCUACUCACUCUUUCGCACAACACAACGCAACGCAACGCAACGCACCUAGCACACAACCAUGACGCACGUCGUCGACCGGCUCUCGCUGACCGGCGCCCCCACGGCCGCAAUCCCGCACCCAAACUCAACCUACGACGCCGACACCGUCACACCCAGCAGCACCCACACCACCACCACCACCACCACUACCCGCACCCCCAACAACACGACCAUCGAGCGCACCGGCACCAGCGCCAGCCUCGCCUCCGACUCUCGCGCCCGCGCAAGCACCUCCGCCUCCAGCUCCAGCGUCAGCUCCAACAGCGCCAACAGCGCCACCGCGCCCGCGCCCGCGCCCGCGCCCGCGCCUUCCAGCCACGAUGUGGCGCCCGCCGCCGCUGCGCCAGCUCACGUCCAAGACCACCGCCACCAACACCAUCAAGAGCACCAGCCGCUCGUCGACGACCUGCUCGCGCUAUACUCGUACCAGCAGCAGCCCGCGGCGGCCGCGUUCGCGCGCUACGCCCCGGACGCGACGUUCCGGGACCCCGUGAGCGUGGCGCAUGGGCGCGCGGGCAUCGAGACCCUGUUUACGCGCAUGGGGAAGCUGUUUGCCGAGAGCAGGACUGAGGACUAUCACGUCCUCGACGGGACGACGCCGCAAGAGCUGCACCUGGAUCUGACGCAAAAGUACGUUUUCAAGUCGUCGAUCCCACUAAAGGAGAAGGGCUCGAGCAGGUCCGUCACGUCGAAGAUCGCGCUCAAGCUCGACCCUCGCGACGGCAAGAUUGUCGAGCAUAUUGAGGAAUGGAUUCAUGAGCCGAGCGACGAUGGAUUCUUCGGGAAGGUUCAGAAGUUUAGGAAGAAGAUGGAUGCGGAGCUGGUGGAGAGCACGGUGACGAGCGACGCGUGAGAGAAAGAUGGUACUAUGGUGGUGGUGACGUGGUGACGCGGUGACGCGAUGACGCGGUAACGAAGUGCAUGCAUGACCCAUGAGACAGGACCGAAGCAUAAGUGAAACG